UUAAGUGCACCUCAGCUUUUAAGUUGCUUGGUCGUGACUUUAGUUUGUGAAGUUUACUCCAACGCUCGUGAUAAUGGUAUAUAAAAAGCCUGGCCCGUGCUGUAAAGAUGGUGCGUAAUAUACGGGAUGUGAACUUGUGCUGGACCAUCGACAAACCCCGAGAUAACCUUGAUUUGUGACCGCCGGCUCCUUGCAAAGUUAUACUAGCCAGAUUGCCUUACCGUGCCUACCGUCUACUUAGUUUAGCUUCGAUCAGACAAUGAAGGUUUCCGUUUCGCUUCUUUCUGCCACGCUGGCGGUUUUCGCCAAUGCUAGCCCCUUGGUUCUAGACUAUUCCGAGGACAAAGUCAUUCAGCUGAAGCAGAGCUACUCCGCGAGUAACGCCGCCGGUAUCCAAAAAAGGCAGUCAGCUGGGACCACCGCGAACGAGUUCCUCGACGGUGGAUGUAAAGAUGUUAUCUUCAUCUACGCCCGGGGUAGCACCCAGGACGGGAACGUUGGAGAUGACCCAGGCCCACAGACCAUUGACCAACUCAAGGCCUCGCUUGGCGCGAGCAGCGUGGCAGCACAAGGUGUCGAGUACCCAGCGCUGCUAAUCGACAACCUAAGAUCGGGCGGGUGCGAUCCCGAAGAUGCGGACAACAUGCGAGCCUUGAUAACCAAGGCGGCAACACAAUGCCCGUCGUCUAAGCUGGUCGUCUCGGGGUACAGUCAGGGGGCGGCCCUAGUGCACAGGUCGAUCGAGUCGGCAACCGUCGAGGUCAAGAAUCGAAUAUUCGCGGCGGUGACGUUCGGCGAUACGCAGAAGUCGCAGGAUGGGGGGCAGGUUCCGAAUUUCGACGCGAGCAAGACUUUGAUCCUGUGCCACGAUGGCGACAGAGUCUGUGAUGGCACGUUGAUUGUCACGGAUGCUCACUCAGAUUACCAUGAUCUUGCUCCGGAGGCGGUCGAUUUCAUCGUUAGUAAGGUGUAAUAUAGGUGUCUGGAAUGGGGAAUCUAGGUUAAAAUAGCGUCAGUUAGUUAGGUAGUCCAAUCAAGUUUAAAAUUGGAACACGUAUUUAGUUUUGCGCGUGAGGGAAUUAGGAGAAUGGCAUCUAGACAUUG